CUGCAAUCAUGCAGGCAGGUGGGCUAGUCGGAAAUCUGCUGCUUGAUCGACAUGUUUGCUCCGAGCUCCCCCUCCUUCACGCCUUCCCAUCUAUACUAUAAAAAGGUCUCACAAAACCCAGUCUGAAGAAGCUUUUUCCUAAACUUCAGAACUCUCUCCUCUCUACUCAAUAUCUACUGUCUCUCGGUGUCUCUACUUAGCUUUGUCUCCCUUUCAAGACAUCGUCUCUGGAUAAAUAGUCUAGUAUCGUUAUCACAAAAGCUCUACCACCAUUCAUCCUCAAAUCGAAACACCUUACGCCCCCAAUCUCAUCAUCAUCCAUCAUCCAUCAUCAACAUGUACACGGAGACUACCUCCUCCCGCUUCCUCGUUCUGGCUCCUAUUCACAACGGCCCCCUCACGGCUACAACGGCCCAACACCCUCGUGAGCGCUCCAGCAGCCAGUCCUCCACGACCAGCAACGACUCGUCGCGUCGUCCGGGCAUCACCCGCCUUCCCAGUGGCUUCCUCUAUCUAGGACACGAUGGCUCCAACAGUGCCCCUCUCGCUUGAGAAAGUGCGGGCUCGGUUACGUGUGCUUUAGCCCCUUCAUCAUAUCAAACGAGUCGCGCUGGACACGAAUCGCCGCCUCUGACAAGGAUGUAACCCAGAGGUUCCUUAUUUGAUGGGAGGGAGAAGGGUGGGGUGAAAGGACGGCCUCGCCAUCAUGCUACAGUACUUACUUUUUUCCUCUUUCUUUAUUGUCGGUGUUUUCGGGUCAAUCGAUUUAUGUCCGUCACUACUUUGUUUUGGAAGAUCAAAUACACACCAAUGAUAUC